UCACAAAAGAGCUGCUUUUGAAAAGACACAAAUACACUUCAGUCUUAAAUAGUGCCUAUUAAACUUAGCAGAUCCACAAGGACCGCCCGAACCUUGAAUUUAACAGUAUUGACAGAAUGACGAGAAAAGGUUGGGAUGAGGAGCCCUUGGAUCAUGCUGUAAUGUCACAGUAAAACAAACUUGUUUCUUCAGUAUUUACCUGAUACAUGUGUACAAUGGCAUCAAGAAAUGAAAUUCAAGAUAUUUACUCAAGUUUAGGUUAAGUGGUGAAAGCUUUGGGACCGUCAGCGCUUCUUGUAGUGGGGAGUAAGCUGGCCAUGUCAGGGGUCCCAACCCCUCCUCCUCCAGGGGAGAUGUCCAGUGGGCCUGUGGCAGAGAGCUGGUGCUAUACCCAGGUCAAGGUAGUGAAAUUUUCCUACAUGUGGACCAUAAACAACUUCAGCUUCUGUCGAGAAGAGAUGGGUGAAGUAUUGAAGAGCUCUACCUUCUCCUCAGGGCCUAAUGAUAAGAUGAAAUGGUGCCUACGGGUCAAUCCGAAGGGACUCGAUGAUGAAAGUAAAGAUUAUCUAUCACUAUAUUUGCUACUAGUUAGUUGUCCAAAAAGUGAAGUCAGAGCCAAGUUCAAGUUUUCUUUACUGAACGCUAAACGGGAGGAGACAAAAGCUAUGGAAAGCCAAAGAGCCUAUAGGUUCGUCCAAGGCAAAGACUGGGGCUUCAAAAAAUUUAUUAGGAGAGAUUUUCUGCUUGAUGAAGCAAAUGGGCUGCUACCAGAUGAUAAACUCACGUUAUUUUGUGAGGUAAGUGUUGUCCAGGACUCUGUGAACAUCUCCGGACAGUCCAACAUGAACAUGUUGAAGGUUCCGGAGUGCCAGCUGUCCGAUGACCUGGGUAACUUGUGGGAAUGCUCACGCUUCACGGACUGCACUCUAUAUGUGGGAGGGCAGGAGUUCAAAGCCCACAAAUCCAUCCUGGCAGCGAGAUCACCGGUCUUUAAUGCCAUGUUUGAACAUGAAAUGGAGGAAAGUAAAAAGAACCGAGUUGACAUCAGUGAUGUUGAACCGGAGGUUUUCAAAGAAAUGAUGGGCUUCAUAUACACAGGAAAAGCACCAAAUUUAGAGAAAAUGGCUGAUAGUUUAUUAGCCGCAGCGGAUAAAUACGCUCUGGAGCGCUUAAAGGUCAUGUGUGAGGAAGCCCUUUGCAACGGCCUCUCGGUGGAGAACGUGGCAGACACCCUCAUCCUGGCCGACUUGCACAGCGCAGAGCAGCUCAAAGCACAGGCCAUAGAUUUUAUCAACAGGUGCAGUGUCCUCCGACAGCUGGGCUGUAAAGAUGGGAAAAACUGGAAUAGCAAUCACGCCACGGACAUAAUGGAGACCGCUGGCUGGAAGUCAAUGAUCCAGUCUCAUCCUCACUUAGUGGCGGAGGCUUUCCGCGCGCUCGCGUCAGCACAGUGCCCCCACUUCGGUCUGCCCAGGAAGCGCCUAAAACAGUCGUGAUGACGUUCCCGCUGCUCUCUUGAGCCUGUCCUGGGGCAAAAGCCAGAAAACUGCGGAGUUUAGACUCUAUCCCAUUGUCAUCCAAACCGACAGCACGUGACUGGGACAGGCUGGCUUCUAAAUGGCUGCGAAAGCUGUUCACACCCUUCCUGAGCGAUGGGUUUGGCAUCUGAGCUUUAUUUUGUGAAUCUUUCUGUCACUUCAAACAGCCUUAAACUAUCUGCCAUGACUCUUGUGUGAAGUAUUUGAAUUCUCUCAGUUCUACUCUGUGCCUGCCUUGUCCCAUGAGACCAGGCCUCUUCCCUGUUGCACUAGUUCCCAAAGUCUCGCUGUUUUAUAUGGCACUUCCUAGGAAUGCGUCAGGAGUUCGAUCCAUGGGAAAUAGUAUAUAUUCCUAAUGUUCCUUUAAAUAUUAAUUUAAAUAUUUACAACUAAAUAUUCCUUUAGUUGUGCGACUAGACAUUAAAUAAAUGUUAACACAAUGAGUGCAAGGUCAUUUCUUUACACUUUGAAAAGAUAGCUAUGCCCCAUAUUGAUGGCACGAUUUCUAUGUAAAGACACGGUUUAACCAAAUUAUUGUUUGUGUCCUGCCCCUUGACCUGUGAAAACAUUCAAAGUGUCAUGUAUUCACAAUUUUACAAACGACUACAUUUUUAGACACAAUAGUGUUGCUUCCCUUGAAUUGGUCUGCCAUAUACAGACGAGUAGUUUGAAGUUGUCUGGCCCAUAAUGCAUUUGUGUAACCUGAUUGGACUAGACAAUCCAUCUUCAAACACAUUGUCCUCUGUGAUCAGGAAAUGUUUGGAUGCUGAGCAUCAGAGUGUGGCAUUACUGUGCAUGUCAUAUGGAUGGAUUGAUGAAUGUGUGAUUGGGAGUUACAGAUAGAUUGAUUGUCCUCGGUCUAUCAGAGUUUUGUUGUUUUGAGCUGUGGCGUUACAGUCGAACUGACAGUGAUUUGGAAGAGGACUCUACAUUGUGUCAUGCUAUACUGACUUUAAAAAAAUAUUGCCUGCAUUAACUCAUUAAAAAGUUUUUCAGCAUUCAGUGGUGUUUUAUGUAUGGUUUAUAUAAUAUACUUCCAUUCAAAAGUUUGGGGUCUGAAUUUUUUUUAAUUUAAUUUUU